AUGGAAAAUUUGUCAAAAUAUGAAAAUUUUCUACAUUUUUCGAGGCCUUUAGAGAAAUUUAUCUUAAUUGACGUUUCUUCGAGUGUUUUGGACGAGCCAGAAACAACCAAGGAAAAAAUCAUCGAAAUUUUAAAAAAUGUCUAUUGUGGAUUCAUUUUGUUUGCAUUUUUCGUCACUCUUCCGAAUUUUAUUUAUAAAACUUAUUAUCAAAUUCAAGAUUCAGCUAAUUUUGACAUUGAUAUGUUUGCCAAUGGUUUCACAAUAUCAAUUUCAAUAUUGAUUGUCGGAAUGAAAUUUUUGGUCAUUUAUCGAAAUAAAAAGAAAAUCUUCAAAAUCAUCCAAGUUUUAACAAAAACAUAUCCAACGGAUCCCAAAGAAGUGUCAAGAAUUGAAAGAUAUGGACGAAAUUUUCAUAAAUUCCAUAAAUAUUUCGCAUAUUAUAUUUACUCGACAGCUUUACUUGGCCUGAUUCCACUCAUUAAUUUUUUAUGGAGUGGUGAAAAGAGAUUUGCAUUUGAUAUUGAAUAUCCAGUUGAUAAAAGCAUAACCUCACAUUAUCUAGCUGCAUAUUUUUAUUCAAUUUUUAGCAGUGUCUAUAGCUACUCACUUCUUAUUACGGGAAAUUUAAAAAUUAAUGGAUUAAUGAUUCUCUCCGCAUUAGCUUUUCAUGACUUAAAAUCAAAAUUUGAUACACUGCGGACUUUAACUGACAAGGAUGAACUUCAAAAAUCUUUAAUUUCCUUCAUCGAAAGACAUUGCGAAUUAGAUGAGACAAUUCAUGAAAUUCAGGAACUUUUAGCUCCAAUAUUUUCAGUUAUGUUCAUUUUUACAUCAUUUGAAGCUUGUUUGACCGCAUUUCAAUGCUCAGUGACAACAGAAGCAACUAAAUUUAUCUUUAACGUAACAUUCUUCUCCUUAUUAUUCAUUUGGAUUGUCCUACAAUCACUUUUUGGACAAAUACUUAAAGAUUCACACAACGCUUUGCUUGAAAGUAUCUACAACUGUGAAUGGGAGCAAAAAGCUGACAUUAAGUUUGGAAAAUCGUUAAUUUUAUUAUUGGCGAAAACGCAAAAGCAGGAAGUAUUUAAAAUUGCAAAAAUAAUUGACAUUUCGUUGGAAAAUGUGACAAGUUUUGAAUUGAAAAUGUACAGAAGCUUAAUAGAAGUUUUUGAGUUCUUCCUCAUCAAUCAAGGAAAUUUCUUGCAUUUGGCAACAAUUGAGUGGUUCACAAAAGUUAAAUGUAAUUCUCCACAGCUUAUUGUGCUAAAUACUUUUGAUAAAUUAUCAAGGAGAUGGAAUUCUGAACUGCAAAAUUAUGAUAAAUUUCAAAAUUUUCACAGCUGCAGACUCGUGAUGUUACUUCCAAUAGAGAAUAUUAUUUGGGGUAGAGUUGAAUUCGAUAAAAAUUCACAAAGAGCUAUUGGAAUAGGACUUACACCGGUGAUAUUCAAAAUUCUUUCUAAAAAGUUCAACUUUCGAGCUUAUUAUCAACCAGCUACGUUAGAAUCAGACACGACAUUUUUUAGUAAAAAAAAGCAUAUUGAUAAUUUCCUAAUUCCUGUCGAUGGAAUAACUCACACACCAAAUGUUUAUUUUGAGGUUAUUCAACCGGUUUCCUUGUAUUCAAGUUUCCUUCACAUGACAUCAACAUUUUUGGAAAUUAAGGAAUUAAUAUGUGUGACACCUGGCGAUUUGUACACGCCUUAUGAAAAAUUGUUGCUGCCGUUUGAUGCUAUCACAUGGACAUUAUUUUCUAUCACAUUUAUCACAGCAUUUGUAACGAUAUCAAUUAUAAAUCAAACGCCAAAGUUUCUUCAACAUAUUUUUUAUGGAAGGAAAAUUCAAACUCCUGCAUUGAAUGUGCUGAGCAUAUUUUUUGGAAUUCCUCAAUACAAGUUACCAAGAACAAACUUUGCUCGAUUCUUAUUAAUCAUGUUUGUGUUCUUCUGCUUAAUUUUCCGAACAUGCUUUCAAAGUAAAAUGUUUGAAUUCCUAUCAAGUGAACCGAGGAAGGCACCACCAAAGACAGUUGAAGACUUAAUCGAGAGAAAUUAUUCAAUUAAUUUAAUAGAAUAUUUUAGGCAACUCGAAGAUAUAAUCGAAGACGAAAAGGACAAAUGGCCAUCAUUUCACGUGUUGAACGCCACUGAAUAUUUUAAGGCAUUUUUAACACAAUCUCAAAAUAGCUCAGCAAAACUAGCUCUAAUAGUUCAAGAACAAUCAUUAAAUUAUCAUGAAAGCAUGUUAAGACAUAUUUUAUCGUGGCUGCGCCUCUCAGACAAUUUUCAGACCAGCUCAUCUGGUUUUGGAUUUUAUGGAAACAAUUUCUUCUUCCCGAUAGUGGAUAAUGCUGCACAACAACUUAUUGAUACAGGAAUAAUGAAUAGUUUAGUCACAAGAAUUUUGAGGACUAAAAUUAAAAUUGAAAAAGUGAAAAAUGCCAAAGUUUUGUUAGUGAAUGAUUUGAGUUUUGGAUUUGUAAUUUGGUUAGUGUCGUGUGGGAUUUCUAUUGUAAUAUUUGGAUGUGAAAUGUUUAGAACGGUUAGAAUUUCAAAAUUAAGACCACGAAAAAAUAAAAUAAAAAUAAUUGGUGAAAAUAAACAAAAGAAAAUCGAAUUUUCUAAAGUUCAUCCUGUUAAUGUUAAUAGAUUUUAA